UUACAAUUCCUUGAAGCUAAUUAUUCCCAGUCUAAAUUGAACUUUACUUUAAAAGUGGACAAAAAUACAUGGAUUACAAAGUAUCUAUUGAAAUUCCGAAACGACAUGGUUUGCUAAUAAAUGGAACAAGGGAAGUAAAGCGCGAUGCCGUUGCUGUAGUUCACAAUUCGGGAAAUGCCAGCCUGAGACAACAGCCUUUUACGCAACGCUACUGCUUUUCUCUGUAUAGUUUAUGGCAAUAUUUCCAUCCGUGAAGUAAUAUGCCAGCUUACGCAGUGCUGCAUAGGAGGCUGCACCAAAUUACUGCAUCAUGCUGGCAGUCAGUGUUGUCAUGGAAACCACCCUAUGACAUCAGGGCAACAUGGUUGCAGUGCAGAUUCUUGUCCAUGAUCGGUAGCAACAAAAUUCAGUGCCCUUGGACCUCGUCACAUUCUGUACGCAGAUUUGGACAACCGGCAGCACAGACACAUCCUCAUCUCAUAAGCGUUGGGGAGGUUACUCCAGGAAUCACCAUGGAAGAGUACAGACGGCGUAGGACUUCUGUGUCUUUGGCCCAAAAUAAAUGCAAAGGAAACUCUGUGAAAGAUCACAUUUUUGUCUUCCCCUCAGCAUCCAAAGUGUUCAUGACCAAUGACAUUCCUUAUCCUUUCCGGCAAAACACUGAUUUUCUUUACCUGUGUGGGUUUCAAGAACCUGAUAGUGUGCUUGUGAUCUUGUCCUCCUUGUCAUCAACUGACAACCACAAGUCUGUUCUGUUUGUGCCUAAGAAAGACCCAGAUAAAGAGCUGUGGGAUGGCCCAAGGUCAGGCACAGAUGGUGCUUUAUUUCUUACAGGUGUAGACAGUGCAUUGAAUUUUGAAGAACUGGAAAGCUAUCUGGCACAAUUCUGCAGAGAUCAUGGCCAGUUCAUGUUGUGGUAUGAUUAUAUUCAACCUGUGCAGACUCAUCUUCAUACACAUGUAAUGUGUGAAAUGAUUCACCAAGAAAGGCAUAAAGGGAUAGAAAACACCACUCCAUUGCUGCAUCAACUACGGCUGAAAAAAUCCUCAGCAGAGAUUGAGCUGAUGAAGCAAACUGUAGAGAUUGCUUCUAAUGCAUUUAUGGAAGUAAUGCAAUUUUCGAGGCCAGGGGUUAAUGAGGCGCACUUGUGGGCCAAGAUGGAUUUUGAAUGUCGGCUGAGAGGCGCACAGUAUUUGGCUUACCCACCUGUAGUUGCAGGUGGAGUUCGUGCAAACACAAUUCACUAUAUUGCCAACAAUCAGGUGAUUGCAGAUGGUGAGCUAGUUUUGAUGGAUGCAGGCUGUGAGCUCCAUGGCUACACGUCAGACCUGACACGUACAUGGCCUGUUAAUGGAAAGUUCAGCCUUCCUCAGCGUGAACUCUAUGAAGCCACUCUGGCUGUGCAAAAAGCAUGCAUUGCUCUGUGUACCACUACUAGAUCUUUAGACCAGAUCUAUCGUCAGAUGCUGGUGUUGCUGGGAGUACAGCUGCAGAAGAUAGGUGUCCUCCCUCGCACUAUUUCUGCAACUGAUCUUGUCAAGAGAACACGAGAGCUUUGUCCACAUCAUGUAGGUCACUACCUAGGGAUGGAUGUACAUGACACAGCAAGUAUGUCUCGUACUAUUCAAUUGCAACCAGGCAUGAUUGUGACUAUUGAACCAGGUAUCUAUGUUCCAGUGAAUGACACACUUGUGCCUAAAAAAUACAGAGGUAUUGGCAUUAGAAUUGAAGACAACAUUCUUAUCACUGAAGAUGGACCUCUUAAUCUCUCACAAAAAUGCCCCAAGGAGGCUGACGAAAUUGAGAACACUGUGCAAGGCAGAUAAAGCCUUGAUGAGAUCAUUAUUUUAAAAUCUUGGUACGAGUCACAAAGACAGUUUAUUGCACUGUUUACUGUUUUAAAUCUGUGUUCUCUGAUACAGUAAAAGUAAAUGUACAAACACCUGCCUUACUUCUAAUGAUUAAAGUGAAUAUAUCUUUUCCCUUUUGCGUUUAGUAAUUUUACAUGAUGAAUGAUAACAUUUUCUGGCUUGAAAACAACUUAUUCCAUAUUUUUCAAAAUCUUAAAUUCUUUAAUUGAACCUCUUUCCAUGGAUGCUGAAAACACUUUUGGAUCCAGGAAACAUUCAAUUGCUAAGACUCAACCUGCAAGUGGCUUCCCAAAAGGAUUAUAUAUUCUCACCUUGUGAAGGGCAAAACUAUACCCAUAAAAUUUUUCAGUGCAUAGCUUCUACUACCCAGAGAAAAACAUUUUUACUCAAAUGAAACAUUCUUUGUAAUAGUAAUAAAGUUAUUGCAUGUAGUUAUUUUAUUUUACCCUACCAUCAAAGCACUUGUCAAAAAAAUAACCACACAGAAUAAUAAUUUCAAAACAGAGUUCAUGGUGUUUAUGGUUAGUGUAGCUGCUAAUGUUGAGGUAAAUGCCAUCAGUAUAGAUUGAACCAAAAUAUCCCUUCCUAGCCUGCUUUUCUUCUCUGACAAUCUUUUGACUAGCAGCUGUGAUUUUUAGCUGUAGUAGUAUCAGUGGUAAUAGUAGUGGUGGCAGCAACAAUGUAUUUUGUCAAUUUUUGGUGCACACAUGACUGUCACAGAGGUUGUUUCAACACAAUGGCAGUGAAGAAACAGCAGGAGCAUUGUACAAAAAAGAUAUGAGAGGAUAAAGUCUUGCUGCAUCUAAAGCACAUUUGGGGGAAAAUGGACUGUACAGCAGAAAGCAUUGAACACCCGCAGGGAAGUGGAAAAUAAAUCCAGCAAACAAAAAACUGGGUUGAAAUGGUGCAGAUAUGUGAGAUUUGUAACCCACCAAAGGGGUGUAAUUGGGAGUGAAAGUACUUACACUUGUUUUUUUGCAAGAUGAAUUUUGUCUCCUGGAAAUACUGUUCCUUUGCUGUCAUGCCUUAAAGAAGACAGCCACUGUAUUGCUUAGUUUAGCAAAACAACAAAGCGAAGCCAAGCCUUUUAAACACAAGAUUCAGCAACCUCUGGAGCAUCAGCUAUGACUAAGGGAAUAUGCUGAUAUGCUAUGUGCCCAUUUCUUAGUAUAUGACAGCUGUAUCUUCAGGACCCAUUGAUGCUGAUAGCAUGCUGGCUGUUGCACUCAAAGGGGAGGGAGGCUGUUCCAACCUGCCAGUGGAGGUUAAUUAGGUCUGACAACUUUCUGUGAUUGCAUACAGAAAAGCGAAUUUCCCAAAUAUUUGGCAUUUAGCAAAAUUACAGAAGAUAGAUAUCAAAGCUUGCCUCAGACACAAAAGCAACCAUAGCUGAAGGCAAAGGUAAGCCAGUCUCCAGCAACAAGGUUGAAGAAGCAGCUUGUCAAGGAAACAGUAGCCUGUGUGAUGAGUCAUGCAAGACUAGUGGCUUUUGUUCAGCUGGGUUGGGAUCUCAUGGUUUACAAGAGUACAUCAGCAGGCCACUGGCAGUAACAGGAAAAAUGCAACGGUUGGACAUACAGAAUGAUCUGGCAAACUAAAUAAAUAUGCAUAUUUAAGCUGCAAUGAAUCAGCAAUUUUCACACAGUGCAAGUUAUCUUUUUAGAUCAUCACAUUGCUCCUAGAAUCGUAAGGAAAUUGAUUAUUUGCUCUUCUUCUUUCACAUUAGCAUUAACUGGACAAAAAUAUCAACACUACAAUAUAGGCUGUCUUCUAUUGCAAUUGCUAUGAUUUUAACCCCAAUAGAUCCUUUUUGUGUGUUUAUGUUUUGAAAUCCAAGUUCAAACCAUACAGCAAUUCUGAGGAACACAAUUUAAACAAACUUAAGAACACAGCUGUAUUUUUGUUAAAUUUGUGCAGAACAAAGUCUUAGUUCAAAAAUAAUUGUCAUGAACUAAUUCUAUUUCAAAAGCUGUCCCCACCCACCAAAAAAAAAAACAACAACAAAACAAAAACAAACUGCCUUGCAACUUCUGCUACUGUUCAAUUCAUGAAUGUAGUCUUCAAGUGAACAUAUUAACAAAAGCACACAUAAGCUACUUCAGGGGAAUUGCAAAACCGAUAUCAUACAUUCAAGAUUUACUUCCAAAAAUAUCCUCUAUAUUAAACCAAACAUCAGACUGGGCAAAAGUUGCAAAAACAAAAAAAUGCACAGCACAGCAAAAAUACCUGUAUGCACACACCAUACACAGGUUUGACAAAUGAUAUAAACCAAGAAUCAAAUUAUACAAAGGGAAUUAGAGAACACAAUAAUCUUCGCAGUCAUUUUUUAAAUGAGAAAUAUUAAAAAUAUAUAAAAAUAUUUAAAACCAAAAAAUUUUUAUGCGAGCCCUUCAUAUGCUUUAAAAAACCAGUUGCUACCUUUUCGCAUAAAAAGUGUUUAUGCAGGUGCUAUCAUAAUGUUGGGAGCAAACUAACAAAAUCUAUUAGGAAGUUACCAAUGAGCAGAAAUAAAAGUUCUGAAUAAAACAUAAAACGAAAAAUGUCUAACAAAAGCUUCAUAACAAACUAUGUAUGAAAACAUAGCACAAACUGCCUUCUGAAACAAUUUUACCAUUCAAAACUGCUCUUUGAAAAACAGAGCACAAUUAAAAUGAUCUGUAGCUAUGAAGAUGUUCACAUCGCAGGUGUGAAUUGUAAACGUAGAGUUCAAAAAAAAAA